GGUUCGGCCCGGAAGUAACUGCCCGGUCUUCUCGAGGUUCCUCCAAGCAGCCCAUCCGGCCGAAGCUUGUCAGCACAGCGUGUAGAUUUAGUUGAGGCGACAGUGUGACUAUUUAAAAUAUAUUUACCGUUAACUGAAGUUGCAUUUGUAAUGCCCGUCAGCCUCCACUCACACUCACACGGCCCCGUCCGGUGUAACAUGGUCAACGCGGAUGAAGUCGCCAGGUUGUGCUACGAGCGUUUCGACCAACUUCCCCGGAGAGGGAAGCCUGAGCCGGGCAGAGAGUGGACCCUGCUGGCCGCUGUGGUCCAAGUCACCCGGUGUGCGAACUCUGACACAGAUAAAAUGGAGGUUGUUUCUCUGGGAACUGGGACCAAAUGUAUCGGACGCUCUGCAAUGAGUCCCAAAGGUGAUGUGCUGAAUGAUAGCCAUGCAGAAGUCAUUGCCAGAAGGGGGUGUAUCAGGUACCUGAUCCAGGAGCUGCACAGAGCUGUGAGUUGCAGGGACAGCUCUGUGUUUCGUCCGGCAGAUCAGCAGGGCAAGUGGAAGCUUCAGCCGGGCGUUUCCUUCGUCUUCUUCACCAGUCACACUCCCUGUGGUGACGCCUCCAUCAUCCCUAUGACUGACAGGCAGUCUCAGCCCUGCCCUCCUGUCACAGCUGUAAAGGAACACGAAGAAGCCGAUGGAGGAGGAGUCCUGAAAAGGAAAGCAGAGGAACCAGGUGAAGGGAAGAACACUAAACUUCCACGUCUUGAGGACCAGGAGACAGAGGGAGAGGACAGAAGAGACCCCAAACAAUCCUUCUGUUCAAAUGCAUCCAGAAGCGACGCUCUGUCACAGAGUCCUGCUGCAGAAACACCUCAAACUGUCUCGCAAGUUGCAGCAUGUCUUGAUAGAAGAUGUAGAGGCCCCUCCGACAGUGCUGGACUGCACCCUCAGGUCCCAGACGUUCAUAGAACGGGUGCCAAAUGUGUUCCGGGUGGCCCAGCGGACCCUCUACGCCCUGGCAUAGGGUACCACAGCGCAGGGGUGCUCAGGGUGAAGCCUGGUCGGGGAGAGCCCACUUUGUCCCUCUCCUGCAGUGACAAGAUGGCCAGCUGGGGGGUGCUGGGCUUCCAGGGCGCGCUGCUGUCCCACUACCUACAGGAGGCGCUCUAUUUCAGCACUGUGGUGGUUGGCAAGUGUCCAUACAGCCAAGAAGUGACGCACAGAGCUUUGGUCACAAGGUGCUCCCAUGUGUCCGCCCUCCCAGCUGGUUUCUCUGUGUGUCCACCUGUGUUGUUCCAGUCCAGCCUGGAGUUCUCCUUUAGCCAGGGCCAGACCGAGCUUCAACACAAGGACGGGCAGGGACGAAUCUCCCCCUGUGGGGCAGCCAUCAGCUGGUGUAAUGUGCCCGAGCAGCCAAUAGAUGUCACUGCCAACGGCUACAAACAUGGAGUCACCAAGAAGGCUUUAGGCACAGCUAAAGCCAGGUCUCUUCUGUGUAAACUGGAGCUUUUCCACGUCUUUCUGUCUCUGGUAUCGGCCACUGACCCUUCAGCACUUCCCAGCUCUCUCAGGAGAACAGAAUUGCAGACCUACUGGGACUACAAGCAGGCAUCUGAGUCAUACCAGCAGGCCUGGCAGCAGCUCCACAGCCAGGCGUUCCCUCUGUGGCCCCGCAGUGACAGAGCUCUCCUUCUCUUCCACUGAAAGCACACUCUCUCCAGCUGAAAUAUCAUUAUCAAGGUUGAUGAAGAAGUGAUUUUGUUGUGGAGCAAGAACCAUGAGGUCACAGGUCAAAUGAAAUGCUGGUCUGUAUUGUACUGUCUUUCCUAGAGCCUGUGAAACACACAUUUCAAACUAAAGAUGGCAGUAACAUACUGGUAAACAAGACACACUCUGAGUCAUGUUCAUUAUGUCACAUUUUUAAUAAAAGGACAAAAAGUUUGAGAGUCUU